CGAAAAUGGUUGUAGCAACAACACUUGUAGCUUCCGGUUUAAUAUAACCGUCUAAAGCACUGAUAUAGAUCUGUUAAACGUUAAGAGUAAACAUUGCCAGGAUGGCUACCCAGGACCUCGGUAUGGACAUGAUUACUAAACGGCCUCGGACACCUAGGGAUCCUUACACAACACUCACUGAUAUCCAGAUAAAGAAUUUGAAAAAGGACCCCCAGGCAUACUUUAUGAACAGCCAGGGUAAUAACAAACCCUACCCAAUGACAGGCUGGUACCGUGAUCGGUACGCCAAGGACAUGAACCAACACCUGGUACGGGGGAUAUCUAAGUCCCAGCCGUACUGUUAUAUAGACUAUCAAUGGAACAGGAGUCCCCCGGAACUCCACAACACAGUCCGACACGGAGCUGCUGAACGAUGGGGGCCAGACAAAGUUGGCAUGAGAACUGUACAGCAUUUUAAUGGCCGAGAGGAUAACAACAGAUUUGUCAAUACAGAAUUAUACCGGAGACAGCCAACAAACGAACCAGGCUUUGUGAGCACUACCUACGGGCGACCUGGUGAUGGCUACUAUCUCAUGAGAAACCCUAAUACAAAAACAUGGUUUGGAUCUACUGUGCCUCUGAAUCGUACUGGGAUCUUGGAGUCAAUACAACCAAAGACAAAGUCUGAAUAUCAGUCACUCAGGAAUUCAGAACAGGAAGGCAUUGCCCAGAGGAAAGGAAGAUAUCCAGUGUAUUCAGAGUAUACCGACAGAUUCGCUUUACAGACUAAACUAGAACCUAUGAUGAACACGCGCCAGAGGGUGAAAACAUAUAUAGAGGACACUGCAUAAGGAAUAAUUAAUACACUGACCUUUUAAUUGGUACGUUAUACUGUGAUAUUACCCAAUGUGCAAUGGAUGUGAGAUCCUAACCAAUCAACGGAAACGUAGUAUUCACCACUUGGGAUUUAACCAAUCAGAUUUCAAAGGAGAUUUUAUUGGCCAAUGCGAAAUCCAGUAAUCGGCCAACGGGAUUUAAGAAUGGAAAUUUUUCUGUAUGAGAACCAUAUGUGGAAACGGAUGUGGAUCUGAUGUAAUUGUGAUUUACAUUAUUUUACAAACACUUUGUAUGUGCAAGGUACGGGCUUAGAAUCAGAACAUUACGUGGCAGUAACUCCGUAUCUGUAUGUGACUUUAUUUUAAUCCAUCAUUGCGAUGUUGCCUUCAAAGUUUCAAAUACCAAAUAAUAACUAUUUAUGACGAAUAUUUAUGAGAUGUAUUGAAAUGAAGGCCGGUGAUAUAAUAACAUCCAUUGACAUAUCAACUCACCCAGACACGUGUUUUAUCUAAAUAGAUAUACGUUUGUAUAUAUUAUCAUAUUACUUGAUCUAUGAACCUGUUUGAUAAACCGUUGUUAUACUUACACUAUUUGACACGUGGACAAGAUAUGCAAACAACUAAGAUGUGCCAAAUAGUGAAAUUUCGGUUGUUAUCCAAGUGUGUGUAUAUACAGGUAUAAUGUGUUUUUGUCGUACAUAUGAAUACCUCAUUAAUAUAACCUUGUCGAUCUUUCGCCCGUUUGUGAUAUCGCCGAUAGAUUAUUUACACAGGGAUUUGGCAUGAUUUCCCAACCCAUGGUCUAAUUAUAUAUAUAAGAUACUAUAAUACAUAAACAAGGAGAAUGGGUUGGAAACUUGUGCCAGGUCCCUGUGUUUUUGUACAUGCAUUUUUUCUUAUAAUUUCAAUUAGACUGUAGAUUCAUAGACAAGAGUAAUAAUCAUCUAAGUAUAAUAUUUUGAUAUAAAUGAUUUUCUUGUCUAGAUAACGAUAAAUAGGGCAGUGAUAUUAGAUAAAAAGUCAUGGACAAUAUGAAUUACAAAGAGGUAUAAUUUAUACAAUUGUAGUUUGUAAUUUCAUAAUUGAUACAUUAACGCCAUGAAGCUCUGUCAGAACACAAUAAGAGGAAUACUCAACACAAUGCUGGCUCAGGUACAUUUUCAAGUAGAAAACAUCAUUAUAAAAUCACCUGAUGUCACAUAUAUUCAACACAGGCAUUAUACCAUAUUCCUUAUAUAAUAUGAAGGAGUAAUGAAAAUACUCUGCCUAGCGACCUCCCGCUCACUUCUCGCUCUCUAUGGAGACAUUCUAUCAAUAUGCUAAAGGAAGGUGACCCUUAAUACACUUUUUUCAGAGAUCAGUUUAAAAACAUUUAGAAGGUGCUUAUACUAAAAUCAAACACUUGCCUUGAGUUUUGUUUCGUAGUAUAAUAUAACAGUUUUAUCAUCAACUUUCCAAACUAACAAAACCCUCGUAUUUGUAAUAACUAUACCUAUCGACGGAAAGGAAGAGAUUUAAUCCAGAGCUGAGUAAGUCUCUCAGGAGCAGACCUAAAAAACGAGGAAUCAACUAAAUGUCGUAAUGUGUCGAUGGUAAGAGGUAUUCACUCGAUUUAUUUGUCUGUGUUCCCCUGAACAUCACCAUAGACGUUGUUAGAGGAAUGUUAGUAGAUUUUGUCAUACAAUGACGACAGUUAACCAGAUAGUAUAAACAUAAUAUGCAAUUCUGUUGUCAUUUGAUUGUCAUAACACUAUUGGUUAACAAAAAUCAUACGUGGGACCCGAUUGUUAAUGUCUUACAAUACUAGCUUUAAUAAAUAGAGGUUACACAACGAGUGGUUGUUGGAUAUUGAAUUUAUUUCACACGAGUAAGUUAUUUUUUAAAAGUUACAAAAGACACGAGCUUUAUCGAGUGUUUUUUGCAACUUUUAAAAAAUAACUUACGAGUGUGAAAUAAAUUCCAUAUCCAACAAUUUCGAGUCGUGAAACCGUGAAUAAUUUAUGUUCUUAGUUGUAGUUCAAUCUUGCCUUCUUGAUAGCUUUACUUUGCGCAUCUUGCGCUAGCUAUUGCUUUUUUAGAUUGAAUUAAAAUUUGAGUAGUCUUAACAUAUUUUUAAUUAAUGACAUAAUGUGAUGCUUUGACAUCCUAUUGUGUAAAUGAUAACAUUGGGGAUAAAUAGUUUAGGUAUAUAUUGGCGAGAAUAUAGGUACAGGAUAGAUCUACUGGUUGUAUAUUUAAUGUAUAAGAAAUUAACAAUUAUCAAUUAUGUAGACCAAAAUCAGUUUUCAUAUUGAAAGCAUACCUAUUGAUUUUCUUACCAAUUACAUUAUACUGGUUUUAACAGGACGUACAAUUAUGAAAUGUUAAAUUUGUUAUAACAACAUGACGUAUGGCAAAUGUUUAACGGAAUAUAUUGUGUUACUUGUUAGGAAAGACAGAUUUGAGGAAAUAUCGAGAUAUAAUUUUAAAGUUACAUUUGUUGUUCAGCAUCACGUGUGUAUGUUAAGCAUUAAAAAAAUGAAAUUAUUUUUAUCGUCCUUGAAUAAAAAAGCAAGUGCUUGCUAUUUACCUUAAUAAACCUAUUGUUACAUCGUA